AUGCGUGUUCCGCCGCCCAAGGCUCCAGUCGACGACAACGACCGUACUGCUAAGUUCGUACACUCGGCUACCGAGCCUGAGAUAGAAGUCUCCGUUAAGUCCGGGACAAAGCCGGAAGAUGCCCUGACCGUCACCUUUACUGGAGGUAUUCGCGCGCCUUCGCCAAACCCAUCGUUAUUGUCGGUCGAGGAUUUCGGCCUUUUGGGACGUGGAGCGGAUAUGGGCCAUGGUCGUAGACGUACUUCAAGAUCACCUGUGCCGCCAGCGAAAACUUUGAGGGAGAAGCUGAAAGCGUUCUGGCUUGAAAACCUUGGGCUUAUUCUGGUUUUGGUCUCUCAGUUGUUCGGCACUCUCAUGAAUGUAACAACACGAAUGCUAGAGGUCGAAGGGAAUAAUGGUAAAGGCUAUCAUCCGUUCCAGAUCCUGUUCGCUCGAAUGAGUAUAACAGCCGUGUGCUCGACGUGGUACAUGUGGUGGGCAAAGACGAAGGACUUCCCUUUUGGAAUUAGAGAAGUGAGAUGGUUGCUCGUCGCGAGAGGCUUGUUUGGUUUCUUCGGCGUCUUUGGCAUGUAUUACUCUCUCCUCUACCUCCCACUGGCAGACGCCACCGUUAUCACCUUCCUAGCGCCCUCCCUCGCCUGCUGGGCGUGCUCGUACCUCAUCCACGAACCUUUCACCCGCAUGGAGCAAAUCGCAGCCUACAUCUCUCUCUUCGGCGUUGUUCUCAUCGCUCGCCCCGUCACCCUCUUCACCUCCCUCCACAGCAACAUCGACCCCGUAACUCCUGCCAGCGGAGACGCGGAUGUCGAAUUCAUCCCCACGAACGGUACCGACCCUAGUCAUCGCCUUGCCUCAUCCUACGAAAAUGUAACACCAGCACAACGUGCAUCAGCAGUAGGCAUAGCCAUGCUUGGAGUUAUUGGUGCGGCAGGUGCCUAUACAACUAUUCGAUGGAUUGGAAGACGAGCUCAUCCGCUCAUAUCUGUGAACUACUUCGCAAUGUGGUGCACGCUCGUUAGCAUCGUAAUGAUGUAUGUCCUCCCGGACGUUGGUUUCCUCCUCCCACAAAGCUGGGUCGACCUCUCCUACCUUACUUUCCUCGGCGUGUGCGGCUUCAUCAUGCAAUUCCUCCUCGCUGCCGGCUUGCAAUACGAGAAAUCUUCUCGCGCGACUAACAUGGUAUACGUGCAGAUGCUGUUUGCGCUAUCAUUUGACAAGCUAGUAUUUGGGACGACGCCAAGUGCGUUGUCUAUUGUUGGGUCGUCGUUGAUUUUAGGGUCGGCGAUAUAUGUUGCUACUCACAAAGAGGAUCCGAAUAAGAAUGAGGACAGGAGGGAGAGGGCUAGUGGGGAAGAAGAGACGGGCUUGAUAGAUAUGGAGGCGGAAGGCGAGAGAAUGUCUUAUGACAACGACAACGAGAUUCAGAUGAGGACGCUGAGAUGA